AUGACGCUCAACGUCGGAGUGAUGUGGUCCACCUCGGCGAUGCGGGCCGUCGCAGCGAGCAGGAUGACGACGCGAGCAAUAACGGGCUUCCGCUCGCCGGCAUCUUCAGCAACCCUCUUCUCGGCAGCGUCUCUGCAUACGAGCUCACGCAAAGCGGAGCGACCGCUUCAUGCCUGUUCAAUUCAGUCGAGGAGAUUCUCGCUCUCGUCGCAGCCAUCAAGUCUGCUCUCACGGACGGAGCGUCAACCCUCGAUACGCAGCCUUCUCCUCCAGUCGCGGCUCUUUUCGUCCUCCUCACUCUUCCGCGCACCCUCAAAUCCACUGCCAACACCGACGCCACCCUCCACUUCCUCAUCGCCGUCACCAAAACAGCCGCUCUCCGAAGACAUCCUGACCAUCCCCAACCUGCUCACGAUCUCGCGGCUCCUCGUCACGCCCUACAUUGGCUAUUUGGUCGCGACCCACCAAUUCCCGGUAGCAGUAAGCCUGCUCUUCAUCGCCUCCCUCACAGACCUUCUCGAUGGGUGGCUCGCCCGUCGCACCGGCAAGUAUACCGUUUUUGGUAGCAUCGCCGACCCUGCAGCCGACAAAGCGUUGGUCACGACCAUGGUCAUCUCCCUUGCACUCUCCGGAAUGCUCCCUUGGUCCCUGGCGACGGUCAUUCUCGGUCGCGAUCUCGCCCUGGUCAUCUCGGCGUUCAUUAUCCGGUAUCGAACACUGGAGCCACCGAAAACGUUUGCGCGGUACUGGAACCCCAGUCUACCCAGCGCCACCGUCACGCCGACCCAGAUCAGCAAGUACAAUACUUUCCUACAGCUCCUCUUGUUGGGAUUGUUGACGUUGUACCCCGUACUGUUCCCUGGACAGGCUAGUCCGACAAUGACGUUCGAGACGAGCAAGAAGGUGGACGCCCAGGAAGAGCAAGGACCGGUGAAGGUGAGCGAGCAGACGAAGGGGUGGGUGGACAAGGCGAUCACGGUGCUCAUGUGGGUCGUGGGGGCUACGACGGUUUGGUCUGGCGCUGGGUACCUGGGCGGCGCGGGGACAGGGAAGGUGCUAGCAGCGAGAGCACAGAAGGUGCGCGAGAGCAUCAAGAAGGCUGCGCCACCCUCGUAG